AUGCUCAAAGGAGUCGACGGAAUUGGACUAACCACAAUUGUUGGUGGUGGUGCUUCAAUGGAUGGAUUUGGUUUAACCAUUGUUGGUGGAUUUUGCGGUUGUGGGUUUGGUUUAAUCACCGAUGGUGAUGGCUGUGGGUUUGGUUUAAUCACUGGUGGCGGUGGCGACGACACUGGUGGAGAAGGCGAUGAUGACGGUGACGAUGGUGGUGGUGACAACAACGGUGAUGAUGGUGACAACGGCGACGGCGGUGGCGACAAUGGUGGUGGCAAUGGCGGCGACGACACUGGUGGCGAAGGCAAUAACAGCGGUGAUGAUGGUGGUGGUGGCGACAACGGUGACGAUGGUGACAAUGGUGAUGAUGGUGACAACGGCGACGACGGUGGUGGUGGUGGCUGCAAUGGGUUAUUAUAG